ACAAAAUGUGAAUAGAACAAAAGCAUCAAACAAAAUGUAGACAAAGAUAUAAUAAUGAAAAAAAUUGCAUUGACCUACUUUAUAUAAUUAAAAACAUAUACUAUGCAUUCAAUGGGGGGCUUGAUUUCUCGUAUUAUAUAAGCAAAGAAGUUUGCAUCCAGCAAAACCAAGAGCAACAAAAAGAAUCAAAUCAAAUUUAGAGAGAGCAAAAAAAAAACACCAAGUAUCAAACCAAGAAGAUCCAUGGCAGCCAUAGAUAUGUUCAAUAGCAGCACAAAUCUCUCAGAUCCUUUCAAAGAAGAGCUCAUGAAAGUACUUAAACCUUUCACCAACUCUGUUUCUUCUCUUCCUCCAAUUCCAAACCCAAUCUUCGGUUUCAAUCAAACCAGACCUCUCGGUCUGAACCAGCUCACACCUUACCAAAUCUACCAGAUCCAAAACCAGCUUAACCAGAGACGUAACCCCACCACCUCAACUCUCUCCCCAAAGCCAGUGGCAAUGAAGAACGUGACAGCUCAGAAACUCUACAGAGGAGUUAGACAAAGGCACUGGGGGAAAUGGGUUGCUGAGAUCCGUUUACCCAAGAACCGGACCCGACUCUGGCUUGGGACUUUCAACACAGCUGAAGAAGCAGCCAUGGCUUAUGACCGAGCUGCUUACAAGCUCCGAGGCGAGUUAGCGAGGCUUAAUUUUCCAUACAUCAGGCACGAGUUUGGUGAUAGCAGAUUCAAGGCUCUUCAUCCCUCUGUUGAAGCAAAGCUCGAGGCGAUUUGUCAGAGCUUGGGAAAAACAGAGCUUCUCCCGCCAAAAGCAGAGUAUCAAGAAAGUGAAUGUAGGUCGUCUUUGAGAGCUGAUGAGAGUUUGUUUUCUGAUGAGUCUCACGUGGGAUCUUCGUCGCCGGGUACGUUGUUGGAUUUUUCGGAUUCAGGGUUUGAUGAUGAGAGUGGGAGUUUCGUGCUGGAGAAGUUUCCUUCUGUGGAGAUUGAUUGGGAUGCGAUUAGCAAAUUGUCCGAAUCUUAGGAGCCUGUCUUCGACUCGGUGUCUAUUGAAUGUCUCAUAUUAGUUAGUUUGUUAGUUAAUCUCUGCAACUGAAAUUUUUACAGUUGUAGAGAGACUUGUUUAAGGCUUUGUUUAUGCUAAAGAAGUCCUCUAUGUGUUUGGUCUAAAAGCUGGUUUAUGUUUUUUUUUUGUUCAGAAACCUUGUCAUUGACCAAUCAGAGAAGCUUUUGUGUAUUAUCAUAUUUUUAAGUUUUUAUUGAAUGUAAAUUAUUACUCUUUUA